AUGCUUCGUCGGUGCCAGAGAGUGUUGAUGGAUGGGCAGUAUAUGAAUCGUGUAUAUGAGCUACGCAUGGAUCAAAUAAAACCCGCAAAGUACGAGGCGGUGAAAACCAUAUUUAUGAAGGAGAUGCCCAAACGACCGGAAGCGGGUGUGUGUUUGGGUUUUUGGGAUGUGCAGGUGGGGGCGUUUAACCAGUUCGUGGUGAUUUGGCAGUUCAAAAGCCUCACCGAUCGCAGCGAAUGCCUGAAAAGGCUGCAUGAGGAUAAAGAAUGGCAGCGCAACUGCAUCGAACCGAUGAAACCGCUGCUGCGGUUUCAAUCCAACAUGCUCAUGCGGAUGAUCUACCGCGAGAGCAACGUCAGUCGGUUGUCGUAUCAUUAUUUACUCCAAUUCACCGAUGCGAAGGAUGUGGAGCUGCCGCAGGAUGCAAUUUUAGCGGCGACCUUUCAAGUUGUGGUGGGUUCGCUCGAGGGUAAAUACGUGCAUUUGAUAAAAAACCUCAACCCCGACGGGAUCCUUCCACUCACGCCGAAGCUGGGAAAUUCUUCCCUGGUGAUGGGACCUGCACGAUGCGCGCCUAUUAUGGGAUGCAUAUGGCGAUAG